UAAAACCUUAAGGCAGAUCGCGGGGGUAGAAGUUGCCCGCUUGCCACCGUCGCGUUAGCGUGUCGCUGGAGUCGGCGACUGUCAACGCGACGAUUGGUCAACGGUCUCGAAAGUGGGGCGCCUAGGGAAAUAAGUGGAAAGGAUCGGGCUACGCAAGGGGGUUGUGGACAGCAACGAGAAGUGAGAGGGGGUGCAACGAACCCUCUAGGCUCGGUUCGAGUCUACGGAGCGCGGAGUUGUGUUCUAAUCAUGGCGACACCCGACCCCGUAGACCCAGCCACCCUAGAGAUUAAGACCCGUAGCAUAGAACAGACACUACUCCCACUAGUAAAACAGAUCUCUACGUUGGUGUCGCACAGAGAACGUCCGCUAUGUUCGGACAGAAGUCUCCGUGCAGUAGCCAGAGUCGGGCAAGCCGUGAAUCUGGCGGUCGAGAGGUUCGUCACCGUUGGCGAAACCAUCGCAGAUGACAAUCCAGAGAUCAAACAGGACAUGUACGAGGCAUGCAAGGACGCAAGGGUUGCCGGCUCGGCGAUCGAGAAAUUAUGCGAAUGCGCGAUGGAGGACAGCCUAGCUGACCGAGGCUCCGUCGUCAGGGCGGCUAGAUGUCUUCUCGGUUCUGUGACGAGGGUUCUUUUACUGGCGGACAUUGUCGUGGUCAAGCAACUCCUUCUUGCGAAGGACAAGGUGGCUCGCAGCCUUGGCCGCCUUGAAAGUGUCUCGAACUUCACCGAUUUCGUGAAGGCAUUCAGCCAAUUUGGAGCGGAAAUGGUGGAGCUUGCUCACCUGACAGGUGAUCGCCAAAAUGAUCUGAAAGAUGAGCGACGAAGGGCCCAGAUGGCCGCUGCUCGUCAAGUUUUGGAAAGGAGUACCAUGAUGUUGCUCACGUCUAGUAAAACGUGCUUGAGGCAUCCAGAGUGUCCAUCUGCCAGGGAGAACAGGGACACCGUGUUCUGCCAGAUGAGAAGAGCCAUGGAUUUGAUACACUACGUCGUCAAAGAUGGCGUCCUAGACUGCAGCGACUCACAGUCGUACUCGAACUCCCAGAGUCCACAACAAGAGGACUGGGACAGCAGCACGGCUUUUUCCGCAUUGAAGCACUUCGAGAGACUCGUGGAAACUACAAGAAUGACCCUCCUUGGACCAGGUUGUCGAGAAACGCUCACGUCCGCGCUCGAUACCGUCGUCGAAAGGACACAGGACUUCACUGACAGCGCAUACACCAGCCACGAACACAGAGAGAACAUCCUUUUGCUUUGCGAUCGAGCAAAACUCGAGCUCAAUACGUUACUGCGAAUCGGGAACAGCAUGAACUACGAAGGUGGCGGUGGUUCUCCGAGUUCGGAAAUGGAGCAAGCCAUGCUGGGAGUAUUACGUACCACCAGAGAUCUUCGCCAGCAGCUCUGCGCAACGACGAUGGAGCAGGCGGGUGAUCUCGGACAGGUAACCAAAGCGGGCCAAGAACUUGUGUCAACAAUCAGGAAUCUCGCUUUGGCUAACGAUAUAAAUCGUCUUCAAGAGAGCAGCGACAGAUUUCACGAGUACAUCGACCACAUCCUCGAAGUAUGCAAAUUGCUGAGACAUGUUGCGCUUUCGGAGUCAUUGCAAGUUUCUGCGAAAUUCACUGAAAUUAAUUUGAGAAUAUACGGACCCCAAGUGGUGACAGCGGCGCACACAUUGGCAAGGCAUCCUACUAGUAAAAUCGCCAAGGAAAAUCUCGAAGUAUUCGCUGACAUGUGGCAAUGGCUCAUGAAUGACGUGACUACAGUGGCGAAAGAUGUGCUCGAAUUGAAUCAGAGUCGACCGGAGAAGCAAGUAUAUAUGUCCUUGCCACGGCCAGGAAAACACGGCACCACGAGCAAGCCGCUGAAACCCGUGAGAUUAGACAGCGAGGAGCAGGCAAAGAUCGCAAAGGCGGGCCUGGAGAUGAAGCUAAUCACGUCGGAGAUGGACGCGGAAACGGAGAAAUGGCAGGAAAGCGGUAGCGCCUUGGAGGAGAACAACGACAUCGUGAAACGCGCGAAAAACAUGUCAUCGAUGGCGUUCUCCAUGUACCAGUUCACCAGGGGCGAGGGCGCCCUGAAGACCACCCAAGAUCUGUUCACCCAAGCUGAGUAUUUCGCCGAAGAGGCGAACAGAUUGUACAAGGUUGUGAGACAAUUCAGCUACCAGGUACCAGGGGGACCGCACAAGAAAGAACUCCUGGAGAACCUCGACCGUGUGCCGACGUACGUCCAGCAGCUCCAGUUCACCGUGAAAAACCCCACCGUCGGGAAAGCCGCCACCUUCACGAAAGUCGAUAACGUAAUUCAGGAAACAAAGAACCUGAUGAACGUGAUUUCGAAAGUGGUCACCACAUGUUUCGUCUGCGCCACAAAGUACAACCUGGAUUUCCGAGGUCUGUCGGCGCGUGGGGCCGGCGGCUCGCCGUACAGGGGCGGAGAGGGUGCAGGCGCCGAUGGCGACGGCGGCGGUGCUGGUGUCGACGGCAGCAAGACGGGCUCCGCCCCCGGCAGCGACCCGUCCGUCUGACAGUUUGGGAUGGCCCGACGGGCCAAGGGGGACGCUCGCCGCACUCGGGUUUCCUUUUUGCUUUUCUAAGAAGAACCUCGCCUGCCCCAGCAAAACAUACACGUUAAGUUGCCGUCGUACGAUCGAAUCAUCCGCUCGCUCUCGAUAAAAUGUUAUUAGCCGCGCGGAUCGCAUCAAAACUCUAACCGCGCGGCAAAGUUCGUCGAAAACAGACAUAAGAUCGACGAGAGCGAGUGACUAGAAUGCAUCGGCGGAGCUGUGAAAUAUUACAGCAAUCGACAACUACUUGAGGGAGGAAGCCUCUACCUGGGACGGUUCGAAAAAAAGUGCUUCGGAACUUUUUCGGGACAAACGGAAAAUUGUCUGGUUAUGAGUUUGGGGUGUGUGUCCCAAUUUUUGUAUGUAAAAGUAUCUGAAAUUGACAAAAUUGCGGCGUUGUAGUUUCUUUUACACUCAGGCUCAAUGCUGGAUUAUCUGACAUUCAAAACAAGCACUUUUUAAUGACACAUUAAGUUACAUAUGUAUCGUGAGAAUUUUUUUUUUGAUCUUAAUUCUUAUUUUAUGUCUGAGAAAUAAAAUAAGCGUUUUAGUUAGCGUUUUUCAAGGCUAAAAUGCUUAUAGUCACACGGAAUAUUCAUGUAUAAAUCGACAUCGUCGCAAGUUUCUUAGUUUAACAUAUUCGUAAAUACAAAAAUUACAAUGCCUGCUCUUAGAAAUGUUUUUUUGAAUACUUUAAAACUUGCUACCAGAAAUUUUCGAUUUGUUCAAAAAAAAAUUCAUAAACUGAUUCCUUUUUGGUGCGUCUUAGGUUGGCUUACUCCCUUAACUUUCUCGUGUCCGCGAUUUUGUGAUAUCUUACUACUAUGUACUGGUGGAGCGAGCGGCCUAGUCCCCUUGCCCCGGUCCUCUUCACUUUGUAGACACUCGGCAACUUAACGUGGUAGCACUGUACACGCACGCUGGUACUCGUUAAACGAACGUUUAACAUGUUUCGAAGGGAUUUCUCCUCCACUAAAAACACCUCGCGGGGUUUUUAAGUGUAUGCUUUAGAACUCUGGAAGGGAUGGUUUGGCAUCAACGAAGUUGGUUGGUGUGGAUUGGGUUUGGUAUUAUUUGACAAUUCGGCGUUGACACUAGGGCUGAGACUAUUCGAAUAAUCGAAGGAAAAAGUAUUUUUAAUCCGAACAUCGAUUUAAUUUACUCAGUUAGAUCUUUAAAAACAGCGGUUUAUUAUAUUUAUACCUGCUAGGUUUCAGGCUUGACGACUGCAAAAAUUAAUGUAAGUGUAAAUAUAUUCGCGAAUAAAAAGAUAGCCGUGACAAUUCACUUGUAAACUAAGCUACACGGAAAACUAAGAGUAAUGCUCGUGGAUAGAAUUAAAAAAGAAGAGAUUUCUCUUAAUUAUUCUUUGUAGCUCCUUACAGUGUUUGCAAUGCUGACACCACGAAGAAACAUUUUCUCUGGAAAUAACCCUUCACGGAAUCUUCAUACAGUAGUAAUUCCAAGAAUCCGAGGCCUAAGUACUUUGAAUACUUUAUCAAGUGAGUUAUAAAUUUUUAAUUUUCAUCAGUUUAUCUCUAAAAAAUACUGUAACUUCAUCAAGGAUGAAUAAUUUUGCUGGUAUCGAAGUAAAAUUUAAACUCAUUUUAAGGUCUAUUUUAAUAUCACUUGGCCCCUAAGAGUAUUAUUAAAAAAUAUUUAAUAAUACGUGUAAUAACAUUUCCAUGGAAUUUCGUUGAUGCUGAAUUGUAAGAAUCUUAUUGCAGUGUUAAAAUAAAUUUGAAUUUUUCCACAAAUACAAUUCAAGCGGGAUGCAGUAGUAUCACUUGAAACAUUACUAUAAUUCUCAGUCUAUUAUAUUCUAUUCUUCCACAAGUAUUUAUAACACUGAGAAGUCCCUUCGAAAAAUCAAAUUCUUCAUUUGAUGCAACAGAAACUGAUUUCCUCCGAGAGCAUCUUCGACAGAGCACAAAUUCUCGAAGUUUCGUUUAAUUUUUAAGACGUUCAACAACGAAUAAAAAAUGUCGUUCUUCUCAAAAGUAAACCAGAAACGAACGUCGAUUGAGAUUUUCAUUACGUGACUUCAAUCAAGAUGAUUGCAACGGUGCUACAUGGCCAAUUUAACUUGGCUUCGUGAUCGAAUAAAAAAUUAAAUAGGUUGAUAAGCUGAUCGCGGAAUUGUUUACAGCUAUAUUGAUUCGAAUUCGAAUUUGUACGCAACGAUUGAUCUUUGAGGACGCUUACUUUCCAUAAUGAUUGGCGGAUCAUCGACGUGUACGUUUCGAUUGUAAUUGCUUCGAACGCGAAGCUACGUUCCAGCGAUUAAUUCACGGUACACGUUUCUGCGUUGCUCGAUAUAGAAAAUUCGCGGGCUUUCCGCUUGAAUUACACCGUGUAAGAGCGAUCGUGAGGUCGCUGAACGUGACUGCCAUGAAACACGACGAGAACCAAGGAAACCAAAUGUACGCACGCUUUUUACACGAAAACGCACGCAUCCCGAACGUGACGUUCGAUUAGCAAAACGUUCACGAUUUCUCCAAGUAAAAACCAUUUACUCGUGAUUUGUGCUUUCAGCGAUCGAUAAUACGCUGAAACCACGAGUCUUCGAAUUUUCUAACACAUUAAUUUCCUUGCUUCGUUCGGAAUGGUCCAAGGGACACUCUGUCGAGUAAUUAUGUCAAGUUUCUAAAAAAUCGAUGCGUACUUUUAACCUGCAGUCACCUCGAUCAGUCGGUGACUAAACGAGACACGAGUUAACAUCAUUCGAAGCACACGAUUCAGCAAAUACUUUUACGCUUGAAUUUCAACGCGCGGAUGACCCUGAAGAAUGGAAAAGUUUGACUAAGCGAUCGAAAAUUUAGGGAUCGUCGCGCGCGUAUUGAAAUUCAACGUCUUCGAUGGCAAUAACACAGCCAUAUCAGAGAAGUCUAUGUCUAAUGCGUACAGGGACAGCUUCAACUAAUUGAUAGCCGCGGCAAGAAACGCUUUACGCUGCUUGAACUUGAAGCCAUUUUGCCGAAGCAAUAAUCAGCCCCGCUAGCUCUUUCGUCGACGGCACUAUUAUAUGUAAAUCGCUCUAGUGUUACGUUUCCCUGGCAUCUCAAGACUUCGGGGUAUUCUUAGCGAUUCGCGUGGAAAUCGUUCGACUGUCUGUGUUAUUUGGAACGGCGAACGAAGGCUUGAGUGGCAGCGGAGGAAAAGAUUGAACGCAGCUUGCGGCACGUUUCGUCAUUAACGACUGGGAAUUUUGUACAGACAAUUCGUACUUCUAUUUCGAUUUAAACUCGCUGGAUUGCAAUAAUCGUACGAUAACUCUGCACGAAGGAAACGUUCUUCCAUGUAGGAAAGUUGGUGCAACGACAAUAAAUCGGACCGUCAAUUGGAGUGCCUUUUAGGGGUGAAAUAUUUACAGGCCAACUUCCACUUACGCGUCUCACCAACUUCGAUCUUUAAAGAAUUCCUGGUAGUGCAGAGCAACUCUCACUGAAUAUUCUUCUUUCUUUUUAAAUUCGUUAUCGUCGUUAACACAGCGUGCCGCGAAACGUAGGCGCUUGCCGAGUAUUUUCUUUCAACAUUUAGCUAUGUCUAAACGAUAUUUUGCUAACUAGCAUUUGGCAGGGUGCUAUACACUUCAAUAGUGCAGUCCUGCUUACAUGUAAAUUAGUCGUGCGUGGAAAAGCGUGGAAUCUGGAGUUUCGACUCUUCGAGGUGUACUUUGCAAAAUUAUUUAGGCAACACUGUGAAGGAAUCGUGAAGAAACCUCGCUGGGGGCGACCAUGAAAUGAGAGAAAUGCUUUUAAUACAAAAGUGUUUUGACGUUCUACCUGGGAUGUAAGACAUCCUGUGGUACUUACGAAUUUUUAAACAGCUUUAAACAUAAGUCGAGAAAAUCACCUCGAAUGUCACUAUUUGUCGCUACAUCAGGGGUAAUAUAUAUUGAGCGAUAAGCAUAUUGAGUUCUCGAAGUCAUAAGCUAGUAUUACAUAGAAUCAACCCUUGUGUUUAAUUGUAUAUCGAACCAUAUCAAUCUUGAUCGAGUUUGUGAAAAUUAUACAAGGCUUUUACAUAAUAUUGUCUUAUGAAAACAUGUAAUACACAUAGUUUUGCAAGUCCAGUCAUUAAUCCCUAACAGAGAGGCGUGUUUCAGAUCGUUGAGUUUCAAUUACAAUAGGAUUCAAUGAAUACACUCGUGACAGUAAUACAAUCAACAUAAGACUUGACGACCGAGAGUGACAUAAUUCUUUCAAUUUAACAAAGCAAGUCACCCAGAGGAAGUCGAAAUACCUAGCAUAAUAAUUGUUCACCUGAAUCAGAUUCCACGCUGAGCUCCAAAACGAAUGGAACCGUCACGAUGAGGCUGUUCGUUUCACGCUUUCUGCACUCGAGCACCGCAGUCCGCGAGCGACGCCAAGCUGCAGUUUUUGCGAUUUGUUGAAUCACCGAGAGCAGAAGCUUAACACAAUGGGGCAGGAGAUGGUCGUCGAGGGUAACCUGGGUGCGGCAGCAGGGCGGUCAGGGACGUACUUUGUGGCAAAGACACCUUGGCUCACUAACCGAAAUCUCGUGGUUCGAGCGCCGUUUGACGUACAAAUAAAGCUUACCCGAUGCUCGAUUCGACGAAACGCGAUAAUCACGUUUUCGCCU